UUGAACCGGUUAAAAUAGGAUGUCAACAAGUGACGCAGCAGAGCAGGAGCUUAGAGUUGGAGGAGGAGGAGCAGGAGGAGGAGAGGCUGCGAAGGCUCAGUGCGCCACAGCGGGAUCUGCAUGGACUACAGCUGCAAGUGAACACCGGGAUAAAACCUUUGUGGGCCGAUUCAGUCAAGAGAACCAGAAUUGCAGUGAAACAUCAGCUGAUCAGCACCCAGCAGCAUUCAGUCAGGAAGAGCUUGACGAAGUACUGACGUUAGCAGCUGACAGCCUCAGGAAGGACAAGGCUCAUUAUUAUUGGGGUCAUUCUGAGGUCCAGAUUGAAAGCUCUGCUGAUUCCAUCUUCGUCACCAGCGUCUUUCUUAGACUCUCCGGACCAAAGCAGAGACCGGAGAAGACUUCAGAGCCAUCAGCGGGUCAACAUCCCAGUUUGUUUGACCCACAGCCAGCUGAGAACAAGCACAGCACCUUGCAGGUUAAUGGGAAAUCCUCAUCCUCCCCUAUAGAAGAAACCAGCUUGUGUCCAUCUUCGGAGACUGUCCCAUUAUCCCCCAAGAAGCCAGAAGAACUCAGAGCUUUUAACCAUGAUCUAGGACUUACCAGGAACCCAAGCAGAACUCACAUUCUUUCUAAAGACAUCACUGGAGCAUGUGAACACAAUGGAUUGUGUAGACCUCUAUGUGAGACACACCCAAAACAUUGCCUUGGAUCUUUAACUGGAACUAGAACAGACAUAAAGCACGAGACAAACCUUAAAAACUAUUCUCCUUUUGGGAACCUUUCUGAUGAACCUGUACCCAUGUUGUCUUCCACCAUGGUGACAGUUCUGGCUUCUCAGUGGAGUAGCCGUCUAAGACGGACCAAAAGGUUUGAUGGAUCUGGAUAUUCAGAAGCUCAGGUGGAUUUGCAAGAAGCAGCAAAUACUUUACCAAAUCAACAACAAAGUGUCCAGGGGCAUGUGGACCAACAUGGUAUAAAGAAUGUACUGACACAUGGGUGCAACAUUCCAAGGAGAGUCCCGUUUCUUAGCUCCAGGAGUUAUACAGUUGGCUGGUCAAGUAAAAGUGAUCCUUCAAGCUUGGAUUUUACUACUAGAAAGGACAUUAUUCAGACUGUUUCUUUUGAUUCGGGUGCUUUAAGCCCUUCAGCAUCUUCUGCAAUGCCCUCGUCCCCCCUCUCUCUUAACUUGAAUGAAACGAGGAACCCCCAAGAACGACAAUCUUCUCUUAGCUCAAAACCAACAACUAGCACUGUUCUUCUGUCUUCUAGAAGAAUCAAUCUCAAUGAAACAAAUUCAUGUCAAGCUCCUGUUGUCCCUGAGGUAAAGCCCACCUCUCUGAGCAGUUCUCACAAUAGCAAUGGACAGGAGAGAUCAAAGACUCUCCUCUCUCCCUCAACUCUUUCUAGCAGGACAGUUAGAACUGGGCCAGUUGUCAAUCCAGUAGGUUCAAGUCACAGAGAGAAUAAGUUUUUAUUUCUAACUUCACCAACAAACAGAAGUAUGAAAGAGAAUCCCUUUACCCAACAGUCUCAGCCAGUACACAUGACCCAGACUAGUUUAAGAUCUUCUGAAGCUGCAGCACCGGGUAAAAGUAACCUAGAGAGGCACCAGGAUUUUGAAAAUGCAAAUAUUGCAAACUCCCUCCAAAAGAACCCAAUUUCUACAACCAGAUACUUUCAUUAUGAUCUCUCUGCACCUUUAAAAACAUACACUCCUCCUAGGCGAACAGACAUGAAAUCAACUCACUGGUGGAAACAAGUUUCUCAGGAAAGCAGUUCUCCCCUCAGUGUGAAAAACAACAUAGGCAACAAAAAAGACAACCUAAACACAAACUAUCUAAGUGCUACAGACAACAAAAGGCUGGCUAGUUAUACGCAGAAUAACAGCGAUAACAAAAACACACAAGAGUUAGUUUGCAAAGUUAACACGAAUCUCUCUUUGAAGACGCAAUCAACUGAAUCAGAGCAGGCUGCCACCCAACAGUAUGGCUUAAAUGUAGACAAAAGGGAACCACAAAAGCCUCAGAGUAUGCCUGACUGUUGGUUGCCUUCUAAACUUAGCACAGUUCCAGCACAAACGAAACUAAGGCACACCAAUGCUCCAGACAAGAAUGAUGAAAGAAAUACUUUGUUUAUAGCACAUGAACCUGCCAUGACCUCCAAUCCACCUGCAGACAGCUUUGGUAAAUACAAUGGUUCCCCACCCAAAACCACACUUGCUAGUACAUCUCAAAACAAAACAAAACUCCCUCAUUAUCAUGAGUAUACCAGCAUUUCCAGAAGUCAGCCUUCUCUUUCUCAAACAACAUCUGAACACUCCUCCGUCUCAAACACAAAAAACACAUCUUCUUUCCAGUCUGGUCAGUUUUCAUCUAACACCAAUAUUUACUCCUCUGCAGGACAGACAUCUGUAUUUACCAGUAAAUCUAAUGUCUCACCUCUUGGCUUUAAAAGAGGUUACGUCUUCCUUCCUAAACCUUUCUUCUCUAAACCUGCGACCAGCCUUAGUCCAACUGAAAACACAAACAAAAUGAGAGCCAGCUCCAUAUCCGCCAGUCCAACCACAUCUUCUGCUACCCCCCAGCAUAGUCUGUCCACCCUAAGCCCUCCUGUCCCUUCCACCAUUACAUCUCCUGUUUCUAUCACUGCUUCCUCAGUUCUAACUCCCCCUACAACCCCUGUAAAUCCUAGUCCCACCUCAGAAACUUCUCCACCCAAGUUAAAAGGCAUAGUUUACAACAGUUUAGAAAGAGAUCCCAAAAAGAAAGGUAAAAGAGAGAGGCGGGUUACAUGGCAGGACUCAGUAGAUGUAAAGUGUUCAGAGUCAGUCAGUGUGGACAAGCCAGAUCCUGUCCAGGUCCAAUCAAACUCUCCAGCCCCCACAAAAGUCUCCCAAGGAUCCCCUAUCUUCUCAUAUCUACAGUCAGGUAUUGCAGAAGGGGGUGGAUCUCCUGUUUAUGCCUCUGACCGAGGGAGCUUAAAAACAGAAAUGGGAAAAGGUGGGAAUUUUCGCUCCUUCUCAACUGAUUGUGUUGAGGUAGAGACCAGUGAGCAUGACAAAAGCAAGCAUAAAGUUGGUGAUACUAUGAUUUCUGACCAAGGAAAAAAGGGCCCAAUUACAACCAAGCAGGAGCCUACGCUAUCAGUAGAGUCUGGUGUAGUUCAGCGUCGUUACUCUUCUCCCCUUUCCCUACCUUCUGACUUUCUAAGUGGUUAUAGACAUCGCUAUAGCACCCCACCUUACUCUUCGCUCAAGUCUACUAGGCAGACACAAGGAGAGUUAAAGACCUCACCACAGAUGUUUGUUGUUUCCCAAUCAUCUCCACAGCCUUCAUUAAAUGCUGAGUUGUGUGUUUCCUCAUGCAAACCUCAUUUGUCAACCGUCCAGACAUUUUCUAUGCCCCUCCAAAUUGAAAGCCCCAAGCAAGAGAAUUUAAUAGCCAAUGUUUCAGACACCGAUGGGGUCAAAAUUAAUAACCCUCAGAACCACACCCAGGAACAACCAAAUAACCAAAUACACCUUCUUGAUAACAGGUUUCAUGUAAGCUCACAGUCUCAUGAGGAUGAUGGGGAACACAGCUUUUCUUCAACGUAUGUAACUGAAACACUAGUUUAUGGAAUUAAACCUAAAGCAGAUACAGCUACAGAAACACCAAGGAACACCGCACCUACAUCUUCUCAACAUAACACAAACCCUUUGGUUUCUGUGAAUACAGAAUUUGAUCAACAGUCUCACUCAGUGCAGAGUACGGAAAGAGUUGAACAGUCGUGCAUGCUCACUAAUAAUAGCUGCAGUGAAAGUAGAUCAACAAAGAGUGAACCUAGUCUUGAUGAAACCAAUAACACAACCACAAAGGGGAGUGUGCAGGCUAAAAAUAGGUUUUAUUCAGUUGAGAUUAAUAAUGAGCAGAUUCCUAUGAAAAGCCGAUUUAGCUUAAAGAGAAGUGUCAGCUCACCAAGCUCUAGUUUAGCAAAGACGGACUCGGAGCGGGUAAAAAAUUACAACAAAGUGGACCAGAUGAUCAAUAAACUGAAACAAAAAUUCAACCCGAGACGGGCUGAGGAUGAAUUGCCCUUCCCAUGGAAAUGGAAGCGAAAUUCCCUAACACCUUCUGUCAGUGGAUCAAGCGACAUUAGUGAUGUCAGCACAGACAGUGCCAAAACCCUGGAGGACCAGACACAGGAGAAAGAGACGUUGCUAAAACAUAAAGCUGUCAAAAUGGUGGAUACUAAAAGAAAGACUGACAACAGAUACACUCUUGUGCAAGCACCAUCAGUUGGAGAAACAAAGGCAGGAAAAGAUUUGUCUACUUGUUCAGAAAGUGUUGUUCAAGAAAAAAAAAGGGAUGAUCCAAGUUCUUGUGCUAUACCUCAAACUAAAAUGCAUUUGACAGUCCAUGGACCAGAUGAACAGUCGAACGCAGCAUUGGACAACAGGGCACAGCAAACUUCUACAAGCCAGUUGCUGUCCUUCUCGAAUGAUAGUAUUGAUGGGAGCCACAGUCCUAAUACUAUUUAUCCAAAUCAGUGCAAGAAGUCUACACCCAGCCCUAGGAGUCCCUUCUCUCCAUUUUCUUCUCUCUCUCCUGUUUCUCCAUUAUCCACUGCAGAAGUGUUUGAUGAUAAUGUGUUCUAUAGCCCAAAGCCUCCUCGCCGCGGGGAACCCUCAUCUCCAUUUCAGCCUGGAGAAGGAAUCAGGUUAGGAAGUUCAAGAAGGAGCCGGGCAUCUACUGGUCCACCAACUCCGAGUCCAGGAAAGGAUAAAGAACCUGUCCCAUCUUCUUAUGCAGAUUUAAAGUAUGGCAUUGAACCAGGGAGAACCUUUUCUGUAAGCUCUGUCCUGUCCAGUCGACCUGCACGGCCCGGACGGAUUUCUACUGGAACCAGGUUCAUGAGCGUGGGUGAUCUUUCCCAGCGAGCUUUGUCUUAUGCCAGUAAUGGCAGGGAGUUAUGUCAGGAUACCACCACUCCAUAUGAGGAGGGACCAUUUCAUUCCCAGCCUAAUUGUGAACCUCACAUGUCAUAUUCCGCUUAUGAUGCUGGAAAGUUGCGAUCCAGAUCCCUUCCUCGAUCUUUGACUCAGUGCUUGGCAAAGUGGAGCUCAGGAGUUCCCCCUUCUCAGUCUAGCACGGGCAAUCCCUCAAGGCCAGGUCUUGCUCGCAGCCCCAGCAUGAACAUCUGUCACUUUUCAUGGGAUACAGAAGGUCCACCAACCCCUCCUCCAACCCCUCCCCUCUCACCAGUAACCAGACGCAUGUCCAAAGCUCCCAGUCUUCCGUCCCCCGUCUUUACCAGCUCACCUGACGCAGUGCACCAAGCAAACAGCCAGUCGUCCAGAGCGCUUCGACCCUCCAUAGGCUACGUAUCCAGCCUCGACACUUUCGAUGAAUCCUCAGACAGCAGCUCUGACACAACAACAGAUGAUGAAUAUUACAUAGACUCAGAUGGGGAUGACGAAAAGGAGACAGAACUGUAAGAAAAACCUAGAAAGGAAGAUUUAAAGAAACAUUAAACUAAUUGAAAAAGACUGGCAAUUUUUUUCAUUUACUUCUUUUUAAGUUGACUUGUUUUUCUCCUGCUGGGAGAGCUGCAUGGUCUUAAAAUGUGUGUGUGCGUAGCCAUGACAGGAAGGGGUAUUACUGCAUUACAAAGCAGAUAUGAUCAGCAUAGUUUUAGGUACAAUGUACAGUAUAUUGUAUUUGAUCAAAGCUCAGUAAACUCUAAAUGCCAAAAGGUGAUUGAUUUUAACAUUAAAGUGUUGUGGCAUGGUUGAGGUGUCCAGUACUUCUAAAUAUAAAUAUGUGGUUGUUGUUGUUUUCAAAAGAACAAAGCACUCAGUAAAUUUAAGGUUUUAGCACAAGCUCUGUCUUCAGCUUUGUAUUUCAUCCUGCAAGGUGACAGUAAGUGUAAAGUUUAAGUGCACUAGAUGCUGUUAUGUGAGGUUUCAUGAUCUUGAUUUUAUUUUGUAAUAGAAGGGAGAACUGUAUUUUCUUAAAUAUUUGAAAUGUUUGUAAAUAUAAGAAUUGUACACUGGAAUGGAACUCAUUAAUAUUUUCCGGCUAACAUUCUGCUUUUAUUUGCACAAUGACAAUCCUAAAUCUUAAUAUAUCUGUUUUAUAAAUAAAUCAGACUUUUCUAACAAAG